AUGGAUUCCCUGCGUCUAUUGCUUCGGUCAAAUUCAAUCUAUCUUCCUCCAAGAAACCAAUUCCAAUUCCUCCACACUACUAAUAAUAAACUUGCUCAACCACCGACAUUGUUCAAUCCAAGGAUUUCGAUUCCAAUUCGCAGAAGAAUCAUUUGUGGUAUUUCCUCUACUCAAACCAGAGAAGAAGAGAAGGCAAUGAAGAAAAGCAAAUCGAGGUCGCAAAGUGGAAAGGUGAGGCUGAGCGUGAGGCUGGAUCACCAAGUUGAAUUUGGUGAGCAUGUUGUGAUUUUGGGGUCAAGUAAAGAAAUGGGUUCAUGGAAGAAGAAGGUUCAAAUGAAUUGGACGGAGAAUGGAUGGGUUUGUGAUUUGGAGUUGAAAGGGGGUGAGGUUGUUGAGUUUAAGUUUGUUAUUGUGAGAAAUGACAAGAGUUUGGUGUGGGAAAGUGGGGACAACCGGGCGUUAAAACUGCCCAGAGGAGGGGGUUUUGCGGUUGUUUGUCGAUGGGGUGCGACCGGGGAGGCUGUCAAUUUGUUGCCUUUGGAUUUAGAGCAGAAGGGAGAGGAAGUGGAGGAUGUUGAUGAGGAUAGUUCUGCUAGUGCUGCUAUCCCUUUGGAGGCGGAGACAAGUCCUUUUGUUGGGCAAUGGCAAGGGAAGACUGUUUCUUUCAUGCGAUCGAAUGAGCAUCGGAAUAGGGAAAGUGAAAGAAAAUGGGAUACUUCAGGUCUUGAGGGCUCGGUGUUAAAGUUAGUUGAAGGUGAUUUGCAUGCAAGGAAUUGGUGGAGAAAGUGCCUCGCUGGUCUUGCAUCAAUUGGUGUUGCAGAAUGGCUUCGUGGAAAAAUCCCAAAAAGAAAUUCUGGAGAUUAUAACAAAGCUAGACACAGAUGGAGAUGGAGAUGGAGAAAACAGAAUACAUAUUUAGGAAUGUUUGCCAUGUCCGGCCGUGAAUUGCUGCAGCAAGUGAAAUGGCAGGAUAGUGACAACUCAUCCUACAUCCCCCUUGACAGGGGCAUAUUGACAUUGGAUGUUCAAUGUCUUGAGGUUGUACGUGAGCUACUAGUUGGAAGUCUUCAGAGUAAGGACCGGUUGGAGGCUCUCAUAUACUCUGCUAUCUAUUUGAAGUGGAUAAACACAGGGCAAAUUCCUUGCUUUGAAGAUGGAGGUCAUCACCGGCCAAAUCGGCAUGCUGAAAUUUCCAGGCUUAUAUUUCGGGAAUUAGAACGAAUCUCUUGUAGCAAAGAUACUUCACCCCAGGAAGUGCUUGUUAUUCGAAAGAUCCAUCCCUGUUUGCCAUCUUUUAAGGCAGAAUUCACAGCAUCUGUUCCUCUUACUCGGAUUAGAGAUAUUGCUCAUCGGGGCGACAUUCCUCAUGACCUUAAGGUUAUAUACAUCGCAGAGCAGUUGCAAGAAAUCAAACAUACAAUACAAAACAAACUUCAUCGCAAUGCUGGCCCAGAAGAUUUAAUUGCUACUGAGGCAAUGCUUGCAAGAAUCACGAAGAACCCUGGGGAAUAUAAUGAAGCAUUUGUGGAACAAUUCAAAAUAUUCCAUCAUGAACUCAAAGAUUUCUUCAAUGCAGGAAGAACUUCAACUAUUGAAUCAGUGGAUCACUAUAGUCUUGCUGAACAACUUGUAUCAAUUAGAGAAUCUUUGGAUGAAAGGGGCACUUCAACUAUGACAUUAUUUUUGGAUUGCAAAAAGAAUUUGGAUACUUCAGAAGAAUCACACAAUAUUUUUGAACUGAUCAAAACCAUGCGAUCCCUAAAUGCCCUGAGAGAGAUCAUUGUAAAUGGUCUUGGAAGUGGUCUUAGGAAUGAUGCUCCUGAUGCUGCAAUAGCUAUGCGUCAAAAGUGGCGUCUGUGUGAGAUUGGUCUUGAGGACUAUUCGUUUGUUCUUCUGAGCAGGUUUCUCAAUGCACUUGAAGCUAUGGGAGGGGCUAAAUGGCUUGCAGACAAUGUGGAGUCAAAGAAUAUAAGCUCUUGGAAUGACUCACUUGGUGCCCUGAUUGUUGGUGUUCAUCAGCUUGGUUUAUCUGGUUGGAAACCAGAAGAAUGUGCAGCUAUUGGAACCGAGCUCCUCGCCUGGCAAGAGAAAGGUCUCUUUGAAAAGGAAGGAAGCGAAGAUGGCAAGGUAAUUUGGGCACUAAGGCUCAAAGCUACUCUUGAUAGAGCUAGAAGGCUCACCGAGGAAUAUUCUGAAGCUCUUCUUCAAAUAUUUCCACAAAAAGUGCAGAUACUAGGAAAAGCACUUGGAAUUCCUGAAAACAGUAUAAGGACGUAUACUGAAGCUGAGAUUCGUGCUGGGUAUGUUUCAAAACUUUGUACCUUGCUUUUGAAAGCAGCUAGAAGUACCCUUGGUUCUGAUGGUUGGGAUAUUCUUGUUCCUGGAGUUGCUAUUGGCACAUUAGUACAGGUUGAGAGCAUUGUGCCUGGAUCAUUGCCAUCGACUAUAGAAGGACCUAUUGUUCUUGUGGUGAACAAAGCUGAUGGAGAUGAAGAGGUAACAGCUGCUGGUAGUAACAUAGUGGGAGUUGUACUUCUGCAAGAGCUGCCUCACUUAUCUCAUCUUGGUGAGAGGGUUGUCUUUGUCACAUGCGAAGAUGAUGAUAAAUGUGCAGAUAUGCAAAAGCUUACUGGAAAAUAUGUGAGGUUGGAAGCUUCCUUGAAUGGCGUUAAUCUAACUCUCUCUUCAUCAGACGACAUCAAUGCAGAAGAUCUUUCAGGCAAUGGUUCAUCUACAGUUGAACCUCCUGUACCUCAUGAUCCUUCCUGGUCUGCUGUUAAAGCUCACUCCAAUCAGGGUGUUUCUGCUGGAGGUUUUAUACUACUUGCAGAUGCAGAUGCACAAACAUCAGGCGCAAAGGCUGCUGCUUGUGGUCGUUUAGCUUCUUUGGCAGCAGUUUCAAAAAGUGGUAAUAUGGUUUCCAGUGACCAGGCGGUGCCAGCUUCAUUUCAAGUUCCUAAGGGCGUAAUUAUACCUUUCGGUUCUAUGGAAUUGGCACUAGAGCAUAGCAAAUCUAUGGAAACAUUCAUGUCAUAUCUAGAACAGAUAGAAACAGCUCGACUGGAUGGGGGCGAACUUGACAAACUAUGCUUUAAACUCCAGGAACUGAUCUCUUCCCUGCAGCUCCCAAAUGACAUCAUUGAUGGAAUAGGUCAAAUGUUUCCAGACAAUGCAAGUCUGAUUGUACGUUCAAGUGCCAAUGUUGAGGACUUGGCUGGAAUGUCGGCUGCUGGACUCUAUGAAUCAAUUCCUAAUGUUAGCCCAUCAAAUCCAACUGUUUUUGCAAAUGCUGUUAGCCGAGUAUGGGCUUCACUGUACACACGGAGAGCAGUUCUAAGUCGUCGAGCUGCUGGCGUGCCUCAGAAAAAUGCUGCAAUGGCAGUUCUGGUGCAAGAAAUGCUUUCGCCUGACCUCUCAUUUGUGCUCCACACUCUCAGCCCAACUGACCAUGACCAGAACUUUGUUGAAGCAGAGAUUGCUCCUGGGCUAGGUGAGACCCUAGCUUCUGGCACCAGGGGCACCCCAUGGCGUCUUUCAUGUGGGAAGUUUGAUGGGCUUGUAAGAACACUGGCAUUUGCAAAUUUCAGUGAGGAGAUGCUGGUAUCUGGUGCAGGUCCUGCUGAUGGCAACGUAAUCCGUUCUACUGUAGUCUACAGCAAGAAACCAUUAACAGUCGAUCCAAUAUUCCGUCACCAGCUGGGUCAGCGUCUCAGUUCAGUUGGCCUUUUCCUCGAAAGAAAGUUUGGCUGCCCACAGGAUGUGGAAGGAUGUGUGGUUGGAGAAGAUAUCUUCAUCGUGCAGACACGCCCACAACCUCAGUAA